UUUUUUUCCCUUUUACACCGUUUCGUUGCUUGAUUAAGAAAGUAUUUCUGUUGGCUUCCAAUUAUGACUUUAUUUCACUUCGGGAACUGUGUCGCAUUGGCAUACGUGCCUUAUGUAAUAGUGUACAGAUGUUCUGGAAUGGCUGAAUACAGUGCCUUCUGGAAAUGUGUCCAAGCUGGGACUGCAUACCUUUUCACUCAACUAUGUAAGAUGUUGGUGUUAGCAACCUUCUUUCCAGCUACAGAAUUUAGUUCUGAUUCUUUGGAUGUUGUAGGGGAAACACUGAAAUGCUUUGUUGAUCUUGCUGACCUUGUAGGUCUUUAUCUUCUAAUGAACUCCAUUCCAGCUAAAGGCCAGCUUAAGUUUCUUAUUGCUGGUAUGGGUUGGGCUACAGCUGAACUUAUUAUGACCAGGUUUAUUCCACUUUGGGUUGGAGCAAGAGGUAUUGAGUUUGACUGGAAGUUUAUCCAAAUGAGUUUUGACUCAAAUGUCAGUUUGAUCCAACACAUCUCAACAGCUCUUUUGGUAUGGCUAUGGACACGUAGUGAUCUCCGCAAGUCUCUCUUCCCAGUUGUUUUAAUUCUUCUGUUGCUCAGUUCUUUCAGACCACUCAUUGUAGAGAUUCUCAUCCAUGCUGGCCACUUGGGAUCCUGGACCUUAUUAUUCUGCAAAGGACUGUUCACUCUAAGUAUCGGCACAAUUGCAAUGCAGAUGUUCUUGGGGAUGUCACGUUAAAACAUCUUGCUUCGAUUGUUUCACCUAGAUUCAAUUGUUUAAUAUUUCUCAUAUGAUUAUCUAUGCAGACUUGAAAUACUUCAGGAGUGAAUGCCAUAUUUAUAUCAAGAGAAAGCCACAAGGCAGCAUCACUGGCGUAUUUCUAAGUUGUUGAACUAUUUUCUUCAUCAAUGAAAUAUUUCAUUUUGUAUGGAAAAAAAAGAGUUUUAUUGAGGAAACAAGAAGGGCAGUAAAUGCAAUAAUAAUUUAUUAUUGUCUUUUAUUAAGUUUUUGCAGUAUUUAACGAAUUACAGUUUUUGUUACAACACAGCUGCAA